AUCGCCACGCCCACACCGCGUUUUUGUGUUCUCGACGGUCUGGUGCGCCCAUCUUACACGGUCAUUUAACUCUACUGGCUCGUGUUCCUGCUUCGUUCAACACCCCAUAUACGAGCGAGAGGCAUACACGCGCGAUGGCUUCCCCAGGCCUACAAACACACACUCAGAAGAGGAUGCUCCUCGAGCUCGACGACGACUGGGCUGCGGCGGCUUUCGAGGGCCAGACGUCCGUGAGGAGGUUCAAGGAUUCGAUUCAUGAUUACUUGCCUUUUGGGCAGACUAUAUGCGCGAUUGUCGACACGCCGCAGUUCCAGCGCCUUAGGAACAUCAAGCAGCUUGGUACUUCGUAUUACGUGUGGCCAGGCGCAUCCCACAAUCGCUUUGAGCACUGCCUAGGUGUCGCGUACUUGGCACAAACGUUGGCAAUGCAUCUCAGGAACUCACAGCCGUCGCUCGGCAUCACCCAGCGAGAUGUUCAGUGUGUCACUAUCGCUGGUCUCUGCCAUGAUUUGGGACAUGGGCCCUGGAGCCAUGUUUGGGAUAGCUUGUUCAUUCCCACUAUUCUUCCGGAGAAGACUUGGUGUCACGAGGACGCGUCCCGCAUGAUGUUCGACGCGCUCUUGGAAGAGAAUGGACUCGAACUUCACGAGGAUGACGCCACCUUUGUGAAAGCUCUGAUCAUGGGUACUCCGAGUAUGUGCAAGAAGAAGGAGAAGCCCUAUCUCUUCCAGAUCGUCGCAAACAAGACUAAUGGCCUAGACGUGGACAAGUUCGACUACAUCGCGCGAGACUCGCAUGCGAUUGACCAGACGAGCAAUUUGUCUUUGACCAGGCUCAUUUACUCGUCGCGAGUCAUCGAUGACGAUAUUUGUUAUGACAUCAAGGAUGCAAACCAGGUCUUCGAGCUCUGCCAUACCCGGAUGUCGCUCCAUAAGCGUAUCUAUACACAUAAAACCGGUGAGUUAUGCUUCCAAUUCGGAGGUUGUCGCCCAGUAGCUGACUUGGGCCAUGUAGCGAAGGCGAUCGAGUAUAUGAUUGUUGAUGCCUUGAAGCUUGCAGAGCCAGUCAUGAACAUCGCACGCCGUUUGGAGGACCCCAAGAAGUACCUCCACCUCACAGAUCACAUUCAGACCGAAAUCGAGGCCUCCGAGGACCCGAGGCUCGAGGAAGCGCAGAAGAUCCUGCACCGUAUCAAGGUUCGAGACCUAUAUAAGACCGUCGACAACAAGGUCUUCCCGUGGGACCAAAAGGCAGACUUGAAGGCAAUGUUUACGCCAGAGUCAGUCGUGAAAGCAUUCAAGGAGCUCUACGCUGGCAACCCUACCUUGGACUCGUCGGAGCAGCUGGAUGGCCUUGACAAUGACCCCGAGAAGGUGAAGGUCCUCGCGGAGGAACUGAGCCCCGAGCACGUCAUCAUCGACCUCACAGAGCGCCAUCACGGCAUGAAGGAUGAGAACCCCCUCCAUUUUAUGAAGUUCUACUCGAAACACCAUCCUGACAAGGGCAUCUAUGCCAACGAGGACAAUAUCUCCGUCACACUCCCCCGAGCUUUCGGCGAGCUUCUGCUCAGAGUGUAUACUCGUGAGUCACGAUUCUUCGGAGUGGUCCAACGGGGCUACCGCAAAGUCCUCAAGGCGUUCAGUGAGAUGCAAGAACGCAAAGCGGCCAGCAGCGGCCUCUUCUUGGACGACUCCAGCAAUCCGCUCGAUGCGGAUGUGGAUCUGGCUGAUCCACCCGUUCACCCAGUCACGCCCCCAGCUGAGGCUCCGACUACCCCGAAGUUGAAGCCGCAACAGCCGCGCACGAUGUCCCGCGUCCCGACGCGCACCCUUUCCCGUCAUCCUAGCGGUGUGGUAGACGGUGGAGUGGCGAUGACGCCGAUCCAAGACAACCCUUUCACUGGCGUCGGGGCGACUUACAAUCCCAAGGACAGCCCGGCCAAAAAGGGGAAAAAGCGUCAGCGAGAGACAGAGGCGGGUAAGGAGAAGGACGCGAUCAAGGAGAAGCAGAAGGUGGACAAGGCAGACGAAAGGUUGGAUCUUGCGCUGGAGUUCGAUCCGGAACUGAGUGCUCCCGGCGGGAGUGCGAAGAAAGGAGGCGGAUCGCCGCCGAGGAAGAAGAGCAAGCCGUGAAGCCCGCUGCGUAGGUCUCAAAAUGCGAAGUGUAUCUGACAUCCCCUGCCUCUGAACUGUACUCAGUGCUGUGUUCGUUCUCUUUUACUUCUACCGUCUUGCAUGCAUGCACUCGUAAUCUCUCCGUUCGUGUUGUGAUAUAUGCUCACUUCAUAGACUUUCACCAGAUACCGCAUCUCUCAUGUACUAUACCACAGCGCGCGAUGUCCAGAAACCCAAAGUUUCAAAACCA